UCAAUUCGCCGGGUCUUUCGAUUCGACAGCUACGCGUUUAAAUCGUAAACAUCGUUUAACUUGUAACAGCUGUUACUCGUUUUUUGGAGUAAAUUGAGCGUUUAUUUUUGAAGAAAACUGAAGUUUGAAAAUGGUGGGGACUGCAGUAUUUGGCGCUGCUUUAGGUACAGGAACAGCUCUACUAAUUGCUAUGACCAUAGUCGUUUAUAAAUACUACAGUUUGAAGAAGAAAUCUGAAGAGUGGCAUUCAUUAGACCAGAUGCCUCUACCACCAACACUUGAACGGUUCAAUAAACCGUAUUAUCCUCUUAUCAAAGCCGAAUUCAAUCUAGAAAAAGAACAUUUAAAUGUUCAGCCCUUACAGCAUUCAUCAGCACAAGAUCUAACAGCCGAAAUCUUAAAAACGCCAUUGGAAGUGUGUUCAGCACAUGUGCCUCCACCACCAUUGCAACACCAGUCGAAAUCUUAUCCCACUGGACAACCCAUACUAUGCAGAACACCAAGUGUAUCUAGUCAGAGUAGCUUAGAUAGUACUGCGUCUAAACAGGGAGGACAUCGUGGCUCUUCUCCCCAAAUUAGAACCUUUGCUCCCGAUGGAAAAACUACGUUACCCCAUCACCAUGAAGCUACUCAUACGUCCAGUUACCCAUUGCGUACGUCAAGUAGAUCGCCAUCACCAUUACGAGCAGCGUCGUUAGAUAUUCGCUGUUCCUCACCAGGCACAGCGCACGCAUUGUCAGAAAUAAGAACACCUUCUCCUUCACAAUCUAGUCUAGCUUCAUUAACAGGAGGGUCUACGAGUUCUUGCAACUCACCUGUACCGGCCUCACCAAGGACCGGCCUAGGGAGGUGUUUAUCACCACUCUUCAUACACCGAACGGUGACUGUGCCAGAUUCAUCGGCCGUACCACCUCCCGCUAGUCCUUUAGGGGCUAUUCAGCCAGAUUUGUACUUGAGAAAGGACGGGCCAUUGUUUAUCGGCUCACCCAAAUCAUCACCAAGUCUCGGAAGACUGCAUUUUCGACUGUCUUAUGAUUUUGAUAAAAGUGAUUUAGUAGUACAUCUCAUCGAAGCUCACGACUUAGCAAGUAGUGACCAAGGGGGAUUUAACGACCCCUACGUCCGCCUAACGCUUACACCGGAAGUGGAUUCAAGGAAGCGACAAACAAAUAUUUGCCGAAAUGAUCCGAAUCCGUUAUUCGAUCAACAUUUCAAAUUCCCCGUAUCACAUGAGGAUUUACAAUCGAAAACGCUUGUAUUACAAGUUUUUGAUUAUGACAGAUUUUCUAGAAACGAUAUCAUUGGCGAAGUGUCAAUGGUUAUGAGCGAAUUUGACGUUGCAAACAGCGUGGAAAUAUGGGGUGAAAUAACAAGAAACAAGAAACCCAGAGAAGAUACACAAGAAAUUUUGGUAUCUUUAAGUUAUUUACCAUCUGCUGAACGAUUAACAGUCGUUCUGUUGAAAGCUCGAAAUCUGUUCGUAUCCCAAAGUAAAGGAAGUACAGAUCUUCAAACUUUCGUUAAAGUGUACCUGAUAGUUAACGGUAAACGAACUAAGAAGAAAAAGACAGCUACAAAAAAGGGUAGCUGUAAUCCAGUUUGGAACGAAGCUUUAACUUUCACACUAUCUGCCAAUAAUGUUAACAACGCCGCUAUCGAGUUAUCAGUAUUCGAUCAAGGUACCGAUAUAAUAGUGAACAAUUCAUUAAUCGGUACCUGUACAAUAGGCCCAAAAGAGAGUGGUCCUGAAAAGGAUCAUUGGAUAGAUAUGACGCAAAGUCCUAGAAAAGCCAUCGCGUGUUGGCACACAGUGAGGUAAAUUUUAUGCUCAAUCGAGAGGUAAAUAUAUCAGCUUCAAGAUAUACAUUUUUUCUUUUUGAUGGGUUAGAAUGAACAACGUGAUAAUUGGAAUACCUUUUAUUAUUAUAUAAUAUACUUUUUACAAUUAUCAGUACAAUAUAUUUACUUAUUUAUUUAUGCAAAGAUACUCUUUAAAUCUAUUUAAUAAAGACAGUGACUAUAUUUAUCUCUACAAUCAAGAAAA